GCUAAAAGUCGCGUCGGUGAAAGAAUCUAAAAUAAGAGCAUCACAGUAAACAGUUUAAAUAAUAAUUACACAGAAUUACGCAUGAAAUAGUUAUUUUAUUUGUGAGAGAAGGGUGUUUUCACGGGGAGCCGAGGAUGGGGAAAGGCUGUAAGGUUGUGGUCUGUGGUUUGGCCUCUGUCGGUAAAACAGCAAUUCUAGAACAGUUACUGUACGGCAACCACAGCGCGGGUUCAGAAUCAAACGAAACCCAGGAAGAUAUUUAUGUUGCCUCGGUGGAGACGGACCGCGGAGUGAGGGAGCAGUUACGGUUAUAUGACACAAGGGGGCUCCGAGACGGCCAGGAUCUUCCUAAACAUUACUUCUCCGUGGCCGAUGGCUUUGUGCUGGUCUACAGCGUCGACAGUCUGGAGUCCUUCAAGAAAGUCGACCUGCUGAAGAAGGAAAUAGACAAGUCCAGGGACAAAAAAGAGGUGAUGGUGAUCGUGCUGGGUAACAAGUCAGAUUUGCGAGAGCGUCGUCAGGUGGAGCCGGAGGUGGCUCAGCAGUGGGCCCGCGGGGAGAAGGUGAAGCUGUGGGAGGUGAGCGUUACGGAGCGCAGCUCCCUCAUCGAGCCCUUCACCACCCUCACCAGUCGCCUCACGCAGCCCCAGAGCAAGUCUGCCUUCCCCCUGCCCGGCCGCAAGAGCAAGGGCACCCCCUCCAACGACAUCUGACCCAGCUGGAUCCCCCGCAGGACCAGCUUUCUUAGAGAAGAGCACUCGGUGGGCACUAGCAGAGGAAGAAAUAUUGAUCAUGCACACCUACACUUAUUUAUGCUAGUUAUAAAUACUGUUGUGUGCAAAAGUUUGAACACCCCCGGUCAAAUGACAUGUUUUGUUGAGUUUCUAAGUGAAAAUAAAUCUAUAAAUUAACAAAUCUAGGAGCACUUCAGUUUACGACUGGCUUAUAAAGGCUUUAUGAAUAGUUUAAUAUUAGUUUGGGUCACUAACACCUUAAUAAAUAGGUAUGACAUGUUUAUAAAAGGGCAAAAGUGAGCAGCUAUAAUCUAAUGAAUGUGAAGCUGGCAGGUUUGAUGUAAGUAAGAUUGGUAACCAGCAGCAUCAUCUUUAACCGUGCAGAUGAAUUAUUAACGAUUUUUAAAGUGUUUGUGGCCUAAUCACCAUUAAUAAACUGAUCUUAAGCCAGUUAUAAACCCUUUAUAAGGACAGUCUUAUGCUGAAGUGGUACUACACAUCCUCUUCAGGGAAUAAAUGCCAAAUAUGUCAUUUUCCUGCUAUUUUUAGUGGACAUUUUUGUUUUAU